AUGGUGGAGAAGCAGCUAGUAUCACCCCUGACACAUAUCAUAAACAACUGCAUAUCAAAGCAGCUAUUUCCAUCACCUUGGAAGACUGUGCGUAUCUGUGCUAUUCCAAAAGCUGAGAAGAUAACAUCCAACAACGACCUCCAUCCUAUAUCCAUUCUUCCAACCUUAUCCAAGAUCUUCGAACGUCUGGUUCUUCGACAAAUGUCUGAUUUUCGUAACCAACACAACUACUGGAGUACUUAA